UGACAGCACCAACUGCAACUCUACAAAUGGCUACCACUACUUGGCGUCUUGGCGAUUUGGUGUCAACCACUCGUAGAUAAAAAUUCAUAGGAAAAUAUAUCUUUUUUCAGUGCGAGUUGGUAUAUUUACCACACUUUACUUCAGUAGAUUGAUAGUUCGAAUUGGUUACGAUGUGGAAAGUCCGAGAAAUCGCAGACAAAGUUACCAACGUGGUUAUGAACUACACUGACAUAGAGGCUAAAGUCAGGGAAGCAACUAACGAUGACCCCUGGGGUCCCACAGGUGUUUUGAUGCAGGAAGUAGCUCAAGCCACCAUGACUUAUGAACAUUUCCCAGAGGUCAUGACAAUGUUAUGGAAGAGAAUGCUUCAAGAUAAUAGGAAGAACUGGAGAAGAACGUACAAGGCACUACUUGUCCUGAACUAUUUAGUUCGCAACGGUUCUGAGCGAGUGGUGACGUCAGCUCGUGAACACAUCUAUGAUUUACGAGGAAUGGAGAACUAUACCUUUGUUGAUGAGUUCGGCAAGGAUCAGGGAAUAAAUGUCAGGCAUAAAGUAAAAGAGCUCAUUGAUUUCAUUCAAGACGAUGACAAGUUGCGAGAAGAAAGAAAAAAAGCCAAAAAGAACAAAGAUAAAUAUGUGGGCAUGUCAAGUGAUGCCAUGGGAAUGCAUGGCCUAGGAGGAAAUACGUGGGAUGAAACACCACGAUGGCGGAAGGAAGAAAUCAACGAAUGGGAUCAGGACAGGAGAGGAGAUGAUUCCCCCAAUAGUGAUGCAGAGGAGAGGUAUGAUUCGGAUCCUGACAGUUUUCCACCUCCAAGAAAUAUUCGCAAGUCCUCUCCUACCAAAGAAUAUAAAGAUUCAGAAAGUAUAGACUCAAGUCCACCACCUACCAUAGGGAAACUCAGCUCACCUGCUAAGACUUCUGUCACCACCAAGACUCGAACCUCCACACCUACUAGACGAGUAGACCUCGGUGCGGCUGCCAACUACGGAAAAUCACAGGUGCAGCAAACAAACGCACCCAAAAAUGACUUACUUGGUCUGUCUACUGAGUCUGCAACUCCUGCUGAUGAUUUGUUCAAUCCCCGAGCAUCAGACACCUCUCAGAGUUUCGGCGACUUCUCCAGUGCUUUUGGCAAUAAUGACAAUACAAGCAAUUCCAAGGGAGAUGAAUUUGCCGAUUUUACCUCAGCCUUUAGUAGUAAACCUUCAGAAGUGACCAUUCCACCUGUGAGUGCUCCAGUCUUUACUCAGUCUUCCAAUGUGCCUACAUUCAUAAGUAAUGGAAAACCUCCAGUGAUUCAACCCUCCAACACAGACCUGUUAUUGGGGCUCAGCUCACCCUCUGUGUCCAUGUCUCCUGUCAACCCUCUAGACGACUUGGCUCCAUUACAAGGUUCAGUUCCUCCACCGGCCAGUCUACUGCUGCCGUCCACACCUAGCCAGCUCAUAGCUCCUACGAUAGCUUCCUCUGCUACCAACAACACUGUGCCGGUUGGUAGCACGUGGAGCAACAUCAACCUCAACAUCGACAUAGACAACCUCAGUCUUGGUAGUCGCAAGUCUGCGGGGGGAACUGCACCUUCCAUGAACCAGCUGGCCGGCACGCCUACAUCACCUCUGCGCACCCCCACUCCCAGCACUGGUGCUGCUGGUAGUUUCCCAGUGAUGAGGCCAGUGUUCAGUCCCACGAUGCCUCAGUCGAACCAUUUCCCUGCAUUCAAGUGAGGGCUAAUGCUACUCUCCCUCACAUACAUAUCGCUCUGGUGCACGUGACUCACCGCCGUGUUCAUUUUACACCCCACACCCCCGCUGAGCUGGUGCCUUUUAAUGACCAAGGUUGACAUAAAGUUAGUAUGUCAGUUGAUUUUUCCUUUAGCUCAACUUACAGAAUCAAGUACAAGGACUUCUUUGUUUCGUACGUCUUCCAACUUUACAGCCAUGUUUUAAUGUGCCAAAAAAACAAGUCCUAAUAGUUUUUUUUUAUAUUUCUAAUCCAUUUAUCCUCUAAUGCUAUUUUCAAUGUUUAUCUUAAAAAUGUAUAUAUUAGGCCUAAUAAUAAUUUAAUCAAUGUCGAAAGUAUCAGUUAUCAAGCAGUCCAAGUUAAACUUUUCUUAACAGAAAUUUCAUCCUUUAACAAUAUUUAAAACUUUAAUUUUUGUUUACAACACUUUUACCCACCCAAAAGUAUAAAUCGUCAUAGGAAAGGCACCAGCAUGAUCAUUUCAAUAUAAUUAUAAUUUGGUAUGAUUGGUGCAUACUGCAUUUAACCAUUUCACAAGAGUAUCUAAACAAACUAACUGUUAUGGUUGUUCCAACUUAUGUAUUAGGUGUAAAAACAUCUUCAGUCACAUUCAUUGUUAUAUAACAAAUAAUAAGAGACCAACCCUCUAGUGACAGCCGUGUCUAUUUAUAUAAAUUCUGUACCAUGUUUUGUGAGUCAUAGGCCUUUGAGAUCCAUAGUCUAGAGUAGAUUAUACAAUAGGUGCUUGCUAAUCUGGUACAUUUGGAACUUAGACAGUGCUGAAAUAAUUGAUCAUCUUCUAAAAACAGGAGUUUGCAAGACUAGCAAAAAUACAACUAAUCAUAGAGUGUCAUUAUUUUGUGUUUUAUUGUGCUUUCUGCUUGUCAAGUGCAAAAUUAAGUAAAUAAUAAUAAAACGCCCCCUGAUUCCAUCAAAUGCAAACCAACAUCUGCCAAUUUGUCCCGAUACCUCCAAAUCUUUUUUACUUUGCCAGUCACUCCCCAUACUCAGCGCCGAACAAGCCAAUGUCUUAAAACUGCAUUAAAAGUGUUAGACCUUUUUAAAGCAAUGAUGGAUUAUUGACAGUGCUGAUCCAUUGUAACCAAAUUAGCAGGCUUUUACUGUACUAGUUUUAAGGGACUCAUAUUCAGCCGAGAGAUGGGAUCAAAGGUUACAGAAUUGAACUAUUUCAGUUGAUGCUGGUUCUUCAAUGAUUUGUUUGUGACACAGUUCAACUGGCUGUCACUCAAGAGGGUAGAGGACAGGCAAAUUCAUGAUUGCAAACAAAGAUACAGCUGUAACAUUUUCACAUCCGACCGGUCUAAACUAAAACCUCUGUUUAUUUGUAAGACUGUGCCUUUAAAGUUAGAAUCAUCCAACCACAAAACCAAUUAAUGAACUCAAUGGUUGCUCAUUUUAUACAUAAUAUUUUAACUAUUUUGUUAGCUUAUUAGGGUCGCUUUUUGCUGACAAACUUUGAUUGUAUUAAUAUUAUUGUAUCUUAAGCUUCACAUAAUGCACUUUUUUAGUUUUAAUGUUACGCAUUUUAUUUAUUCCUAGAUUUUAAUAUAUGGGUACAUCAAUGUUGUCAUUUUAACUGCUUGUGGAUUUAUGUUAAUCACUUAAAUUUGGUUUUUAGCUUAGCUAAAACCUAUUUGUGUCCAAACAGUUGAAAAUACAUUUGGAGUAAAACUAGAUACAGUUGGUGCUUGGUUUGUAUAAAUAUAUAUUUCAAAUAUCUAUUUAACAUAAUUUGUACGUUAACAUUAUAGCUAUGGUUUUGUAGACAUAAUACAUUUCACUGUUAGUGAUUGGUAGCUAAGUAUUUAAAUAAGCCAGAUUGUUAUUUGAAACACUAAAAGUUAUAAACUAUUGUUGACAAUAAAGUUAAUUGUUAAUAAACUGCAUUCUCGACAUAUUGAUUCUUUAUAAGUUGAAAUUCACUAUCUCCAAAGGUUGUCUUACAGGUAUUUUUUAUGAAUAUUGUUGUAGUUUUUUUUCUUUCUUUUUUUAUAGGCUACUUAAAAUUAUGAAAUGUUUUGAGAGGUUCUAUGAAACAUUCACUUUUUUAUCUGGCUCAGUAAUGAGUUUAUUUGCUCCUGUAUGAUGAUGUAUCAAAUAACUGUGGCAAGCUAUAUCUUUCAACAGGACAAUGCAAUAGCAUACAAUUAUGGUAUUCUAUGUAAUAGUAAAAAUUGGAUCUCUAAUAUGACAAGUUGUUUUCUUUUGACAGAAAACUUUGUUGUUUUAAAUCAUCUAAAUUCACUCUUAGGGUUGGUUAAUUUGCCAAAAAUGGUUUGGAUUAAACGUAACCUUAGGUACUUAAUAUUCCAUGAAGGUAGCAAAAAUUAUUUUUUACUUUUACUUUGGAUUUAGCUUAAUGUUGUUUCCCAGCUUUCUUUUGGGAAAAAUAUAAACUUGAAGUAAUUGUCAGUUUUUUAAGAGAUACCAUUUGCUUAGGUAAAUCUCCUCUUUGAUAGACAAAAGCUCAGAUCUGGGUGUUCGGUUUUGGAUUUUUCUUCUGUUUAAAUUCAAUACAUCUUUUCUACCCACCCAGUGUUACUUUUGAAUGCCUAUUGAUUUAAAACUUUAAGAAUCAGUUUAGAAAAAUAUUGGAUAAAAAAAUAUGUAUUUAAAAUUUGGUGACAGUCAGUGUGUAAAUAUUGUUUGAAUACAAAUGUAAUCAUGUACAUAAGGCGGGUGGAAGGCAAAGCACGUGUUUAAUAUUGAGAGAGUGACUGAGAACAUAGCAAUAUAAUUUUGUUAUUUGGUUUUGAAAUGUUUAUAUGUAAAAACUUUUUACGGUGUCACUUUACCACAAAGCUCUUGUUAUCUCCUUAUAGUAAUAUACCUGUUUUUGGAUAUCGGUCAUGUUUAACUAAAUGGCAUAUGAUAUAGAUGGUUAUGUGCCAAUGUGAUAUUGUUAAUGUAGGUACAACAUUCGUUGAUGUGAACAUUUGGGAUGUAAGCCAUUGUUUAAGUCUGUGGUUGGGCUCCACUGUAAAAUAUGUCCAUAAAAUGGAUGGAUUUUUUUUAUAAAAGUUGCUUUUAGUUAACUGCUACUGGGGUGCAAAAUUUAGAUACAAUUUAUUGUUAAGUGAUUAGUUGUAUGUCAAAACUGCUGAUAAAGUUUGAAUUGUGUUAAAAGAUUAAGUAAAAAACUAUUUUUUAAAUUGUUUAACAUUUAACAUGUUUUAAUUUGAAAUUAGGCUAAAUUUGUGCAAAAGACACUUUCGAAAUGUAAGUUUCAAUAAUCCAACAUUAUUCAGUAGCGUGUCUUUAUUAUAUGAAUGUUGUUUGGCCUGAAAAGUAAUUUUAUAAAGUGAUAAUGAAAUAUGUUUACUUAUACUAUAUGGUUUACUUAAGAAAAUGUUGAACCUGAAGACUCCUUCAUGUCUGGUAAUGUUUAUCAUAAUUUGAGGGUUAACUAGCUUGCCUGAUGCAUUCAGCAAAGCAAUGUUUUCAGGGAAUGCCUACUAUUACUGUUACAUAAUAUGUUUAUUAGUUAUUUUGUCAUUCCAAAUUAUUUUCAUUAUGGGUUAUAUUUGAAAUUAAUGUUAUAUCGAGGUUAAUUAGAAGUUUGCUGCCAAGUUAUUGCAUAUUACAAGUUUUUUGUGUCGAUUAAAUAAUUGGUUUGAUCAAAUUAUUAUAUUUUAUUUUGCAUAAAUGCAUUAAAAAAAUUUUGAAAUUCCUUACUAUCAGACUGAUUGCUAUAUUCCAAGCUGUGACUUGGUGGCAGCUAUAACCAUGGUGGAGGGUAGCACAAUUGUAUAUAUAUACAUAAUUUGUAAAUUGCUUUCUUUAAUGGUGUUGGAACUAUGAGAAUAUAAAUGAAUAAACCAUUAAUUAAA